AAAACCCUCUUAGCACUUGUGCCCGACUGCCCGCCUAUCCCUUGCCCUUGCCUUUCCUUUUUCGUCGUCGGAGCAGAGGGAUCCUUUGUUUCUCCUCUUUCUCAUGGAUUUCUCGGAGCAAGACGUCGAUGUCUUCGGGGAGGAAUUCGAAGUCGAGGAAGAGGGCGUCGACGACGACACUCCGGCCGUGGCGGCGGAGGACGGUGGCAGCGGCGAUUCUUCUGCUUCCUCUUCGCCUUCCUCUUCCUCUUCGAGCAGUGGUAGCGAAAGCAGCAGCAGAAGCAGUAGUGACGGCGAGGUGGAAGAUGGCAACUCCGCUGUCAUUAGGGCCAGGCCAGUCGAGGUGGAAGGAGAAUACGGAGGGGAGCAUGAGGAUGAUGAGGACGACGAUCUGGAUCUAUUUGGCCCCGAUAAUGAAGCUUACGUGAAGACGUUCGCACGAAGUCCUUUUCCAGUUCCUGUUUUGCCUCCACUUCAGAAUAAUCAGAACAGAGGUAAUUUUGGAAGAGGCCGAUGGCAAUCUGGGCAUAAUUCCAGAGGUCCUCCUCUUCUUCCACGGCCAGGACCUUAUUCACAAAGGCAGAAUUAUGGUUUUGGUCCAAAGUUUGCACAUGCAAAUGGCCGUGACAAUGAAAACUUGGUGUCUGACAUGAAGCUCACAAAAAGUGAAGAAACUUUGUCUAGAAAAGCCAUUCAAUUUCAGGAGCCUUCUGAGAUAGCAUGUUAUAGUCGGGCUGAAGGCGGAGAAGUCUAUUUUGAUGAUCGAAGUUUGAGACUCUUCAAACGCACUAUUUGUGAGGAUGUUGGAGCUGAUCUUAACAGAGGUUUUGAGUCCUUUAUUGAAAAAAGAGACUUGGGAUCUCAAGGGUUUGGUGAUCUGCUUACUUGCAUAAGAAGCAAAAACAUACCUCUCCAAAAUAUUCAUUUUGUGACUUAUCGAAACAAUCUCAACAAGAUCCUUGCUACAGCAUAUAUAAGAAAUGAACCAUGGAAAAUGGGCGUGCAUAAGAGAUGUGGGGUUGUGUAUCUUGAUGUGCACAAACUUCCUGAGAGACCAGAAAGUAGGCAAGACUCUAGGAGAUGUUACUGGGGAUAUGCUUUUGAGAACCUUGCAACUGAGAAUUCCACAGAAACAGAUAUUGAUGGUAAAGGUAUUGAUGCAAAUGUGGAAUUCUGCUCAGUAAUAAAGACUAAAUUAGGAGCACACCGAAUCAUCAUGGGUGCUGAGAUGGAUUGUUGUGAUUCGACUGAUGAUGGAAAACGGUUCUAUGUGGAGUUGAAGACAAGCCGGGAGUUGGAGUAUCGCACAGAGGAGAGAUAUGAGAGAGAAAAGUUGCUGAAGUUUUGGAUCCAGUCAUUCCUUGCUGGUGUGCCAUACAUUGUUAUUGGAUUUAGGGAUGAUGCAGGCAUACUUGUCCGAACUGAAAGGCUAAGAACAAAGGAUAUUACUCAAAGGGUGAAGAUGAAAAAUUAUUGGCAGGGAGGCGUAUGUCUUGCUUUUGCUGAUGAAGUUUUAUGUUGGCUGUAUGGAACUGUAAAAGAGAACGAAGAUUACAUUCUCCAGUUUGUUCCACCUUUCCACCGUUUGGAGCUUCUCCGAGCAGAAUCCUGCCCUGAUGCCAUCACUGACCACGUGGAGCAAAUCUAAUCUGUGCUGUCUUUGAGGUCUACCAUAAUAUGCUGCAAUUUACAUGUCUUAUAAAAUAAAAUGCCUUGUAAAAUAAAAGAAGGCACAAAUUCCUUAGGCAUGAUAUUCUUAUGCAUAAUAUAUUAAGCUGCGAAACUGGCAUGGAACUGCAGUAGGAGAAAGUCCAACUUAAACAUCAACCGCUGCUGCCAAGGCAACUUGCUUAAAGAGGAUCAAUGGAAUGCCAUCAUCAUCAUGACCCAAGGAAAAACAAGGAUGGGUCAUUUUUUUCUAGUCACAUGGACUGUGGGUAUCUUUCCCAUGAUUAUUUAGAGUAAGACAGUGGCCGUUAAGCAUACUAAAUUACCCGGGAUUAAUGAUACAUUCUGUAUGCUAAUUAUGAUCAUGAUGGCUAAAUCAAAUAUUUGACAUCAACGCAUACAAAAUGUUUAAAAUAACAAUCCACGGUUGAUCUAGGCAUAGUCAAACCAAUAUCAUCGGCAUACCAAGCUGAACCAAGACAUGGUCAAACGCGCUGAGAGGUUUGAUCCUAUUUUCGCUUUAUUGCCUUCAAAUUUUAUGUAAAUAUUAUCUUUAAUUUUGAAAUAUUAGAAAA